AUGUGCCGCUACCCGCUCGGUAUGACCGGAGGGCAGAUUCAGGACGAGGACAUCUCCGCUUCCAGUCAGUGGUCUGAGUCCACUGCUGCAAGAUUUGGAAGACUCGACUUUGACAACGGAGACGGCGACGGGGCCUGGUGUCCUGACAUCAUGUCAGAGCCGGACGGCCUCAAAGAGUAUCUCCAGGUGGACCUGCGUUCGCUGCACUUCAUCACGCUCGUGGGCACCCAAGGUCGCCAUGCCGACGGCAUGGGUAAUGAGUUCGCCCAGCGGUACAGGAUCAAGUACAGCCGAGACGGCAGCAACUGGGUGGGAUGGCACGAUAGGAAGGGAAGGCAGGUCAUCGAGGGCAACAGGAACGCAUACGACGUGGUGCUGAAGGACCUGGAGCCUCCCAUCAUCGCUCGCUUCGUCCGCUUCAUGCCCGUGACCGACCACUCCAUGAUCGUGUGCAUGAGGGUGGAGCUGUACGGCUGUGAAUGGCUCGAUGGCCUGAUGUCUUAUAGCAUCCCAGAUGGAGACCAGAUGAUCUACAGAGGCCUGGACGUCUUCUUUAAUGACUCCGUGUAUGAUGGAGCAUCAGCNNCCAGGCUGACAAAAGGCCUCGGCCAGCUCACAGAUGGCACUUGGGGUCUGGACGACUUUCUCCACAGCCACAUCUACGGCAUGUGGCCCGGAUACGACUACGUGGGCUGGAGCAACAAGAGCUUCCCCAAAGGUUACGUGGAGAUGAUCUUCGAGUUCGACCACGUCCGAAACUUCACGUCCAUGAAGGUUCACUGCAGCAACAUGUUCGGCCGAGGAGUGCGGAUGUUCAGACAGGUCACUUGUUACUUCCGGUCGGGACCAGACUGGGAGUCCGACCCGGUGACCUUCAGGCCUGCUGUCGACCGCGCCGGCCAAACCUCCCGCUUUGUCAACGUGCCCCUCGGGGAUCGCACAGCCAGCGCCAUCAAAUGCCGUUUCCACUUCGGUGACCUUUGGAUGCUGUUCAGCGAGGUGGCCUUCCAGUCAGGCUCAGCCGUGUACAAUACGUCGCUGACUCCUCGCAAACAUGGACAUCCCACAAACACGCUGCCAGGAGCUGAUCCCACUCACAAAGUGGACGACAGCAACACCAGGAUCCUGAUUGGCUGCCUGGUGGCCAUCAUAGCCAUCCUAUUGGCUAUCAUCGUCAUCAUCCUGUGGCGGCAGGUCUGGCAAAAGAUGCUUGAGAAGGCCUCCCGCCGCAUGUUGGACGACGAACUCACGGCUCGUCUGGCAGUGCAGACCCAGGCCUUCUCCUUCCACCACUCCUCCCUGUCCAGUGAAGGCGGCUCCACCUCCAACUCCACCUAUGAGAGGAUCUUCCCCCUCUGCGCCGACUACCAAGAGCCUUCACGCCUCAUCCGGAAACUGCCUGAGUUCGCUCAGUCCAACGAGCACCUUGGUAAGUUUGCCAAGGACAAAUCUGUGAAACCCGGCGGUUCGGAUGGGGCUCCCCACUACGCUGAGGCGGAUAUCAUCAGUCUGCAGGAGUCUUCAGACAGCAGCACCUACUCCAUCACAGCUGUCAACAUGAAUCUCUUCGCUGGCACCGAUUCAUCCAUGAGAGAGUUUCCCAGACAGAAGCUCACCUUCAAGGAGAAACUGGGAGAGGGCCAGUUCGGAGAAGUGCACUUGUGUGAGGCCGAGGGCAUGCAGGACUUUUUGGACGAGGAUUUGUCUAUAGAGGGAAACAACGAGUCACCUCUGCUCGUCGCCGUGAAAACACUGCGGGAAGACGCCAACAAGAAUGCAAGGAACGACUUCCUGAAGGAGAUCCGCAUCAUGUCUCGUCUGAGGGACCCCAACAUCGUCCGUCUGCUGGCGGUCUGCGUGGACACGGACCCUCUGUGCAUGAUCACAGAGUACAUGGAGAACGGAGACCUGAACCAGUUCCUGUGCGAUCUCAGCCUGAAGGAGGCCGCUGACGAAGACACUCGUGUUCUUAGUUACACUAAACUGAUCGGCAUGGCGGCGCAGAUCGCCUCCGGCAUGAAGUACUUGUCCUCUCUGAACUUCGUCCACCGCGACCUGGCGACACGUAACUGCCUGGUGGGUAAGAACUACACCAUAAAGAUCGCCGACUUCGGCAUGAGUCGGAACCUGUACAGAGGAGACUACUACCGGAUCCAGGGCCGGGCCGUGCUGCCCAUUCGCUGGAUGUCGUGGGAGAGCAUCCUGCUGGGUAAGUUCACCAUGGCCAGCGAUGUGUGGGCGUUCGGGGUGACUUUGUGGGAAAUUCUGACGCUGUGUAAGGAGCAGCCGUAUUCUCAGCUCUCUGACGAGCAGGUCAUUGAAAACACAGGAGAGUUUUUCAGGGACCAGGGGAAGCAGGUGUACCUGCCGAAGCCUCCCUGCUGUCCUGACAGAGUCUACAGCGAUCUCAUGCUGAGCUGUUGGAGGAGGAACGCCAAGCAAAGGCCGAGCUUUCAGGAGAUGCACGCUCAGCUGAUGGAGAGUCUGGCAUAGCGGAUGGGAUUUAUAGUUUCUCUCAGCCAUGCACUGUCCUCUUUGCUUCCUUCAGCGUGGGUUCAUUUGAAUUACCUGAGAGGCAACACGUCUGAUGAUUCUGCAGAAGCUUGCUUAUCACAACGGUGCUGUACAUAGAGACACAUGACUUGAACAGAGCCUUAUAUUGUAGAUAUCGUGCAAAUUAGCACAGCAUACUCACCCCUCUGUGUAUUUAUUAACUUCUUUCUAUUUCUCAUGCUAUGUCUAUUUAUAGAGGACUACACGGUUAUCCUAGAUGAAACAGUUGUGAAUGUUUUUUUGAAGUCUUUCACUCAUGCAUAGCCUCCAGGUGAUUUAUUAAAGAAUGUCAGCACUGUUGUGUGACCUUUGUGUUGUCCAACGUUUUUGAUAUUUUAAGAUUUUUAUUAUCUUGAGACUGUUUUCUGGAUGUGUUUUUACUACGCAAAAGCUCACCGGCAUGUUUUAUAAACAUGUCGCAGGAAAUACAUUUGCUGUAUAUAGUUGAUGAGUAGGAAGGAAAAAACGUUGUUUUUUUUUAAAUCAUGUUUCAGACCAAAGAUUUGUGUAAAUAAAGAAAAGAUUAUAAUUGA